CCCAAUAGCCUCCGUCUGGCCGCUUUGGAUUUGACCCAAUUCAGUGGAAAGCUAAAGGGCAUAGAUGCUGGAGAUAAGAAACGGAAACGUUUCCACCUGUUUAACUGGAAAGCAGGAAGACAAACGAAGAUUUGGAUGGGAAAUUUGCAGGCGUUGGAGGAAGAGUUAUGGUGACGAAGGCAUUUAGAGAACAGCUGUGUAGAUAUUAAAACGCAGUCGCACGGCAGGGCUUCGUCUGCGCUUUCACUCACAUAGUACACACUUUCCGCUUUUUACUCCUAUCCCCCAUACACACACACAAACAUAUCCGCCUAUCUACCCUAACCCGAAACCCUUCUCUAAGACUCGAGGAGCAUCAACAGGAGGUGUCGCGAAACCGGUAUCGAAUGUCAGCAGGAUUUAGGACUCAGCAAAGGACUAGGGUCGAAAAUCAAUUGGAGAAAACCUUCCGGAAAUUUCCUAGCUUAUCGAACGCAAUUGGCCAACUUGCAAUCCAGAAAAAAGAGACACCUCUAGACACGAGUUCCAGCACGUUAGAAUUAGAAUCUUCUAUUUCUCCUCCGAGUAACAAGAGAAGUGCUUUAGUAGUGCAAAACGGCGCAUCUCUCCCAUUGGGUGGAAGCAGGAAGAAGAAAACGGUCUACAUUUCUCCGGAAAUUUUUGAUGUGGAUGAGGAGACGGAAGAUAUUAGCCCUCAGAAUACUAGAAGGGAUCAGG